UGACGAAGAAUACCCCAAGGACGUAUUUAUAUGCAGCCCAGGAGUGUAGAUCCAAGACAUACUCGAGGCUUCAAACGGCCUUUCAAUGCUGACAGCAGUGAAGGUGAUAGAUCCCCGUUUAGCCGUUUCCAUAGUCUGAGAGGCGGUGGUAGUAGUGCUGGACGAUUCCCGCCUUCAGCUAAGCGCGGUCGGUCGGAUGCAUACAGACCGCAGGUAGCAGAAGAGACUGCGCCUCAUCACACGUCUUUUCCUGAAGCUCAGAAUAAUAAGUACCAAGGAAGAAAUACGCGCCCCGUUCGUAGCGACACUCAAAAAAAAGGUCGAGAUGUGGUGGUGAUUCUGGAAAAGGCGGGCUUACUGCUCGGAAACAUGGGCCUCGUGGACGCCUACGAACGUGCGGCGACAACAGAAAUCACAAAUGCAUCAUUGCGGGAGGUUCGCCCAGAUAUUGUGCAUCAAUGUCUUCUUGCUCUUUGUGACUCAAAGCUGGCUCAGGAACACCGCCUUCGAAUUUAUAUUAGCAUGUUUAGCUGUAAUAGGAAGGUAAUUGAAGUUUCCCCAGUUCUGCGUCCACCACGAACGUAUGCACGCUUUCGAGGUCUAAUGUCUGCGCUUCUGCGUGAUGGUCGGGUAACUUCUUCAAAUGGCGAGGUGCUUAUGCGUGUGAUGCCUGGCUCCAUCGCACCCAUUAUCCCUUAUGGAGCUGAUGUCAUUGGGCUCUGCAAUGGACUUACAGCACCCGUUGUGACCGCGUCGCGGUUGGCAGGGGAGGCUAUGGCGAACCCUGUUGAUGAUGCUCUACAGGGUGGUGUCAAAAAUGUUGCAUCUUUUUAUUGUAUCCCUUGCACAGAUGACUGUAGUUUGGACGGAAUUGAUUAUGUAACACGAACCGUGUGCCUCUCGGCGUAUCCCACCACAGCACACGUGAUGUGCGCACGCAUAUGUGAAGGAUUUAUGCGAUUGUGGUCUCGUUCGAAGGAAGGAGGAGCAAAUGCAGUGUGACGUAUAGUUGAAGGAAUAAGGAGGGAACGAAAGCAAGGUGCUUCUUUUUCUUUCCACAGGCCAAUAGUGGUUGUGGCCUCAUGGUGAAGAUAAUUCGCUUAACUAAAUGAUAAUAAUUGUAGUACACU